UUGCUUGCUUCGGUACUUUUUACUCUUUCAAAAAAAAAAACCUUUUAAUUGCCACACAAUUUCGGAAUUUAUUAAAAAGACGACUUCCAAUGCAGUAAAUUGAUUUUAAUUGGCGAUCGAGUGACGCACAAAGAUUUCUUCGAAAAAAAAUAAAGCUCUGAGGAAGCAUGACUGAACCUCCAGAUUACACGGAUGAGGAAUGGCAACAAAUUAAUUCGGAAUUCCAACGCAUGAAAGAUGAUCAUUAUUUGGAUCAUGCAGGCGCGGGACUCUAUUCGGAAGUGCAGAUAAAGGAGAUUUCGGAGAAUUUGAUGAAAAAUUUCUAUAGUAAUCCGCAUACGAGUAAACUAACGGAAGAUAUUGUCGAUCAAGUUCGAUUUAGAAUCCUUCGCCAUUUCAACACCUCAACCGAACACUACGAUGUCAUUUUCACCGCAAACGCAACCGCCGCUCUCAAAACUGUCGCGGAAACCUUCAACUUCAACUAUCACGGCGAAGCCAUGGAAAACGCUGAUCCCAAAAUCCCCGGAACUUUCGCCUUCACGAUCGACAAUCACGUUUCCGUUCUCGGGAUGCGAGAAAUUGUCGCUACAAACCACAUCCGUUGUCUCGAACGCUCCGAACUCCUCGCCACAAUUGAUCGUCGAAAGUCCUCAGUAACAGCUUUAUUUGUCCCCAAAAACAGUUCUUUACUCGUUUUUCCCGCGCAAAGUAACUUUUGCGGCUACAAAUACCCCUUGGAGCUCAUCGAGAAGGUGCAUCGUCUCGGCUUGGGCGAAUUAGAUCACGAACAUUGGGACACGGAAUGGUAUGUGGCUCUUGAUGCAGCGGCAAUUGCAGGCACGAGUGACAUCGACCUCACGCGACACAAACCGGAUUUCAUGUGUGUGUCUUUUAGCAAGAUGUUCGGAUACCCCACGGGACUCGGAUGUCUCUUGGUCAGCAAAAGAGGCGAAAAAAUGCUAAAAAAGCGAUAUUUUGGCGGCGGAACGAUAAAAGUUGCUUUGGGGACAAAAAAUUGGCAUAAAAAACGCGAAAAUUUACACGAAAAAUUCGAAGACGGAACAAUUUCGUAUCUCGGGAUCGUCUCGUUGCUCACGGGAUUCAACACGUUAUCGAGACUCGUGCCUCCAAAGAAUAAUUUUUCAACAAUGUCGAGGAUUUCGCAUCAUGUCUUCCAACUUUCGCGCUAUUUCUACACGGAAGCCAGCAAAUUACGCCAUCAAAACGGGCGAAAAGUGAUAAAAUUCUUCAAUUCCUCCGAAAAUUACAGUUCCCGCAAGAAACAAGGCGGAAUUUGUGCUUUUAUCCUCAAAAACGACGACGGCAGUUACGUUGGAUACGCCGAAUUUAAUUGCAUCGCAGCUUUAAACAAAAUUCACGUGAGAACCGGGUGUUUUUGCAAUCCGGGAGCAUGUCAACGAUACUUGGAGCUUUCCGACGAAAGCGUUUUGCAUAAUUUUGAGGCAGGUCACGUGUGCGGAGAUGCUUUGGAUAUUGUCGAAGGACGUCCCACGGGCGCUGUGAGAGCUUCUUUCGGGUAUAUGACACGAAAAUCUGACAUUGAUGCGCUUUUGAAGGUCAUUCGAGAGGCUUUUGUGAACAAAAAACCCUCGGAAAAGGCGAUUUUCGUAAAAAAUUCGGAAAUUAACGGAAAUCAGGAGAUAAAAAUCAAGCUAAAAGCGAUAAAUUUGUAUCCCGUGAAGUCAUGCGGGGCAUUUAAAGUCGAAAAAUGGCCUUUAACUGAACGAGGCUUGAAAUUCGAUCGGGAAUGGAUGAUCGUAAGAGAUACGGGAGUUGCUCUCACACAGAAACAUGAACCAAAGAUGUGCUUAAUUUCGCCUAAAAUAACGAAAAAUUCAUUAAUUUUGUCAUUUCCUUACCGAAAAUCGAUUGAAAUCCCCUUGGAAAUGUCCCAAAACGAGGAUUUUCUGAUAAAAACGAGUUUCUGUCAAAGUAAAGUCUGUAACGAUAACAUCCAAGGCGUCGAUUGUGGCGAAAAAGUCGCUAGAUGGCUCUCUGAUUGUUUAAAUAUCGACGGUUUACGUUUAAUUCGUCAAGAUUUCACGCAAAAACGUUACAUGAAGACCUCGGAUAAGGAAAAAACCAAAGAAGUAUCGUUGGCGAACAAAGCCCAGUUCUUAGUUAUUAACGCGACAUCUGUGAAAUGGCUCGCGAAACAAGUAGAAUCAUGGAGCGACACGAAUUUUGAUGAAAAAUCUCCGCUAGAUGGCGUUAUUUCACGAUUUCGUGGCAAUUUGAUCAUUGAAACCGAUAAAGAACUGAUUGAAAAUGAAUUUUCUCGGUUAAGAACUGAAAAAUCGCAAGUUUUGUUAGAAAAUGAUGGACCCUGUACCCGCUGCCAAAUGAUCUGUAUUGAUCAAAGUACGGGAGAAAAGACGUCAGAGCCUCUGAGAACGCUUGUGAGAGCUUUAGAGGGUAAAAUGAGGUUCGGAGUUUAUUUUUCGCAAGUUUCGCAAAGUAGUUCAGAACGGUUUUUAGAUAUUAAUGAAAAUUUAUACGCCAUUCCACAAUAAAUGAUUUUUUUUAUUACUUAAAGUUUAAUAUUUAGUGAUUUUUUCCGAUAAUUUUUUUAACCUUAGCUAUUUACAUUUUUUUUUUUUGUUUAAAUGUUUUGAAUCAUUUUCGGAUGUCUUUCCAAUGGCAAAUUGCUCGUUGUGAAUCCGGGGCAGCGCCAAAUGGACGAGAUCCGUCAUGAUAAACGUAUUUGUUGACUGGGUAAUCGUGAAGU